GUCAUUCUCUCACGUUCGAUGUGAGGUGUCAGAGAAAUAUUCGUAAUAAUUAUUAAAAAAAUAAUUAGAUCUUGAGAUGUUUAGUAUAUUUAUUUCUUUUGUUAAUUAUGUAUUACUUUAAUAAAAGCAUGCCAGUGGCCAGUGGUUAUCUGGGAUCCAUCUAGCGAAGAAUUUUUUGUUUUAUUAGUUCAUUAUGAACUGUCACCAAGUAUUAAGUGGUGCCUGUAAUUCAGGAGAUCAAUGUUUUGCUGUUGGAUCUGUUGAAGGAAUACCUUUCACAGCAUACGCAGCGGGAUGUAACAUAGUGAUCUUGGCCUCCAACUUUGAAAGAGUGCAGAUAAUCCCGGGAGCUAUCCAUGGUUAUGUCCGCAUUGGCUCGUUAGACUGCAGCACUGAUACAGGAAAGAUUGCCGCAUCAUACGGAGCAGAAGUAUGCAUAUUUGAACCAACACCACUUAUACACACCGCUGCUACCACUCAUGGCCUGGAGUACCGGUGGGUGCAGACCGGCAAGUUGGUGGCGGAUGGACCGAUCACUGCGCUGUCAUGGAAUCUCGAGGGUACCCGACUGCUAACAGGCGGCAAGUUACUGCAAUUAUGGCACCAAGCGUCGCUCUAUCAAGAUGAUAGCCAACCGAGUUCAGGAGUGACAUUCCAGAUAGGUGGUGACAAGGAUGAAAAGCCGAAGCAGGCCGAGGAAGACGAGCCCGGGUGGAUAUGCGUUUGGCAAUGUCACACAGCCACGCCAGCACACCACCUCGCGUUUUCCCCGGACGGCGUCCUUUUCGCCACAUCUGGCAUCAACGACAGGCUUGUCAAGAUCUGGUACCAGAAUAAAGUGCUCGUCCAGACCCACAACGAUCACUCUGCGCCCGAGUUGAACUACACGUUCAUCUAUGUAGCCCAUCCUCGCGCUGUCACACAUCUGUCAUGGCGUAAAACUAGCAAAUAUAUGCCCAAGGGUAGCGUCGGCAACGUCCUAGUAACAUCAUGCGUGGACAACAUCUGUCGCGUGUGGGCGGAGACGUUACUCCCCGAAGACGAGUGGGGGGGCGGCUGCGUGACGUCACACUCGCGCUCCCCGCCGCGCCGCCAGAGGGCCACGCACCGACACAAGCAUCGGUUUAUGCAGCGCUUGAAGCAUAUGAAAACAUGUUUCCACAUAAGACGAACGGCGCAGUCAUCCAAACAGCCGGGCGCCCCCAUCCCCACUUUACCUUCAACGUACAGCGCCCACGAUUUCCACAAUCCUUAUCAUGCUACUUCUUAUACUGGUGGUCUCCACUUCCACCUGGCAGCUUCAAUAAACGCGGAGACGGAUAUUCCUCUGGUCCCCUCACUGGCCGGCGGCGGGCGCUUCAUACUGCACUGGUUGCACAACAAGGAGAUGCACUUCACGAGCCAAGCCGAGGCUAUAUUGCACGAUCUUACCAAAAAAAUAUUAGACAAAGAAGAAACAGACGAAGGUGGAUCAGGUUCAGAUCACACAGCACAUCCUGACGGAGAGCAUGAAAGUAGCGGCAACCACAGUCACCCGAGCCUGUCGAACACGACGUCUAUAAACUCGAUAGCCACAGACGUCACGUGCACACAUCUGCCCGACUCGCUGGACGCUAAGAUCGAGUCGUUACUGCGGGACUGGCAUCAGAGUCCCGAUCUGUUGUUCUCUAUACACCCUGUUGAUGGCAGCUUUCUUAUAUGGGUUUGCGAAUGGCUAGACGAGCUACAAGCGGGUGCGAUCCGACAAGCACAAGUAUCGUUCUCAGCGCGAAUACCAUCGGCGUUCCCACUAGGAGACGCCACCACUAUGUGUACCCCGGCCGCUUUGUACCAUGCCGCCGCACAGCCGCUGUAUGUACGACAUAGGACUAAGCCGGUUAUGCCAAUGGGACCGCAGCCUCCAGAAGCAGUGACGACGCCACUGGCAAGUGUACAGGAAGAAAAAGAAGAAGCUGAAUGGCCUCAAGGCGAAGAACAAAAUGAGAAUCAGGAAAAUGGUAAUAGAGAAGAAAAUAACAAUGAAAUGCAACGCAAAACAAGUGUAGCCACUGAAGAUUUGGGGGAGAAUCAAGAAGGCGACGUGUUAGACUCGGCGCCCGUCAUAUCUAUGGUCACAAACCAUACUAACGGCACCUUGAACCUGUGGCAGUUGACCUUCGAUGAUAAGUCCAAGUUUUCACAGGUGCUAUCAAUAGGCCACGCUUCGAGAGCUUCAGGCCAUAGGUUUAGAGUAAACGAUAUUACAUGCCAUCCAGUAUUACCUCUACUUCUUACUACAAGUCAUCAUAACAUAUCUGAUAGUGAACGCGACCACCACAAGUACGACGAUGAUGCUGCCGCGGGCGGAUUAUGUUCGGAACUAAUAAUGUGGCGCGUAGAAUGUGUGGGCCCGCUCGGCAAGUCGGGCGGGGUGUCCGAACUGGCGAGAGUUAAUUCACCUCAUCUGUCCGCCUUUAGUAAUGUGGCCUGGCUGCCUACUUUAUUGCCUAGCACAACACUCGGCAACCUAUCAAAUUCGCCGUCGGCAUGUUUCGUGGCGAGUGACGGCGAGAGUUUACGAGUUUUCCAAGCCGUGAUCGACGCUCGCACAUUACUGGCAGAAAUAGCCACUUCGGAGAGACGACAUAAAGAUGUAAUGCACGACACAAUGUCGAUGUCAUCGGAAUCAACUCUAGAAGAAGGCGGGGGUAUACCCCUACACGAUCGUAUUAACAUCGUCUCGCAACAGUCGACGGCUCGUCCCGGCGCCAUCAUACAGUUGCAUGCGAUAGCUGACGCCACGCAUGAUUGGCAUAAUACGCAGCUACUGCACGUGUUUCAGGAACAACUUAUUACUGGUGAACGCACAUCAGUAGAAGCAGAAAACUCAGACGCCAACAACGAGAAUUCCGAAGUGAACACCCUAACAGAAGUCGGUUUGGAAGCCAUAGUGGACUUGCGCAAAGCCGCCGUGUUCAACGAACCGUUCUAUAUAGUUGUGUUGGAGAGAACUGAUGGGGGUUCUACCGUGCAUAUGUGGAGGCUUACCGUGUCGUCGCAGGCAGAUCCUAAUGAUGACCUCACAAACAGUAUGAUGUACGUGCCAGACAGUGCGUUAGUGCAGGAGGAUGAAGGCGAGUCGCGCAAGAACUCCGUCUCAAUGGACAACGACCGCGCCCCGCCGCAACCUUUAGCUCAUUCACAUAUCUCUAUAUCUACGAAGAAGGUAUGUGAAUGCCCCUUGUCGUUACCGGAUGGAGUGGAUGUAAUUCACGCCACGCCCGCGGCUGGUCAUCUGAGCUCCGCGUCUAUUUACCCUGCUUGCUUAGCGCCCUAUAUCAUGGCUACUGCCUGUUCUGAUAGCACUUUAAGGUUCUGGAAAUGUCACGUAACGAAAAAUGACGAUGACGAUUUCGAUUAUACAUGGAAGGAAUGGGAAAUGAUGAACAAAGACCAAGAAUCUGCUAUCGACAUUCCAGGUCAACCCCUCCACAUUAGCGCAGCAUAUUCAGGCAGAAUCGCUUGCGCAUACAAAUGUGGUCGUUCAUUCACUCGGCCUAAAGGCGGUACCACAACCAACAGCACAAGUUCCGACGCUCGCUUCGUCAACCUUUGCGUGUGUGUGUACGAGUGUGAAAGUACGGGAGGGGCCGAAUGGCUUCUAGAAGAUACGAUACCUUUGAGGAAUGUUAGCCUACCCAGAGUUGGGGUUUGCACGGAUACGCAAAUAGAUCUGUCGUAUCUUCAUGAUACGUCGUUCAUGCAGAAGAAGCAGAGGUUGAAUCAGGUACUCCAAACACUAUCAUCAGACGAGAGCCGCAGCAGUCGCAACGGCGAGGGCGACACAGGCAAAUCCGCCGGUCUACUCGCGGUACCCUCCUUCAGUACACUCCAAUCUUUACGUAAAAGUAUUAUGGAGAAUGGCAACACCUGUCCUUUGACGCAGAAGCACUUGGUACAGUUAGACUGGGUCUCUAAAGAAGAUGGCUCCCAUAUUUUGACGGUGGCGGUCGGGUCAAGAGUGCUGUUGUUUACGCCUGUGUCUAGUGAUUUGGCUCAGGCUAAUUUGAAGGCAAUGAAAGAAUCGAUAAGCAACAACCGUCCAAUCCUUCGCAAGGCAUCAUCCCUCGCCGCGCCACUAUUCGUCGAAGAGAUUCGAUGGAUGCAACUCAGGCGCAUAGAGCUAAAGACCGCUGAUGGUCUACCACCGUUGCCCAUGCAAAUAUCCUGGGUUAGGGACGGUAUAUUAGUGGUGGGUAUGGACUCGGAAAUGCACGUCUACUCGCAGUGGAAGCCGGAGAAUCCGCAGAAUGCUUCUGGAAUGAUGGGUGCACAGGAACUGGAAGAAGGCAGUGAAUCCCGCGCACUCCGCGACUCAGACUUGCGCAUAUCGGCGCCGCAUCUACAACGCGUGUCUUCUAUCAACUUGCAAUUAUUGGAGCGCGAUGCUAGGAGACGAAACAAAACUCAACCGGAUCAACCUCAGCCGUUAUUAGACUACAUGCCAGACUACGGCUUGUUCGAGGCGUCACAAAUGGCGUGUCCUGUGCUACCUCAAUACCAUCCCAAACAGCUGAUGGAGUUGCUCAACAGCGGCAAGAUACGAUGGGUCAAAGCUAUACUUGCUCAUUUAGUUCGAUGCAUCGGCGGAACUUACACUGGACGCAGUUCACAGGGUGACGAAGAUAGUUUAUCCAGACAGCGCGGCUGGUCGCGCUCGCGCACGCUGUCCGUAUCGUUCGCCGCCGGCGCCGCCUCGCCGCUAGAUGGCGUUGCACAGAUAACAGAAGACGUCCAGUUAGACUACGCAGAAUUAACUUCAGUACCACCGCUGCCGUUAUGGACAUUGCUUGUCGCCGACAAGGAGUCUCCGCAUCAUCCGUCCACUAUUCAAGAGGCUAAGGAUUAUAAUGAGUUAUUUGAAGGCACGAUACAAGACACAGAUGAAGAUCUUGAUGCUUUGCUGUUGGGUGAAGAUGAGGGGGUGGAUCGAAGACCGUCCAUGCCUGAAAGACAGCCUUUAUCACACUUUGGACUUAGACAAGGUCGCAUCCUCUCUCGUCUACUCACCCACACACAUUUGCCGGGACUCAGUUCACUGGAUCAGAUGCACUUGCUAGCGCUAGCGGAUACCGUGUCCACUUGUGAUGCCGACUUCGCAGAACGACUCGCUACUAAUGCGAGAGUUGAUGUCGCUCAGGCUUCGGGACAGGAGAUAUUGCCGGACUCUCUCGACGACUGCGGUCUCCGCUUCCUCCUAGCCAUGAAGCACUAUGGCUACUUACUCCGCUGCCUACCCCUGGCCCAGCGCGCGAACCUGCAACGCACGGGCGUCGGUACCUGCAACUUAGUGUGGGCCUUCCACUCGGAGACGCAUGAACAACUGCUCGCGCUCAUACCAGGGUAUACUAAGGGACAACCUAAGUGGGCUACUAUGAGGGAACUUGGCGUCGGUUGGUGGGUACGCGGCGAGCUACUCCGCACUUGCAUGGAGAAGCUAGCCCGGGCCUCAUACAUGCAGAAACAGGACCCCAUGGACGCAGCUCUUUACUACCUCGCCAUGAAGAAGAGGAUGCUGCUGUGGGGGCUGUUCCGAUCCAGUAGGGAUGAUAAGAUGACCAAUUUCUUCUCAAACGACUUCACGGAAGAUCGUUGGCGUAAAGCAGCGUUGAAGAAUGCAUUCGUUUUGCUCGGUCGACAACGGUUUGAACAUGCUGCGGCCUUCUUCUUACUCGGAGGUGCCUUGAAAGAUGCUUUAGAGGUCCUUAUCACACGUCUUGGAGACUUACAAUUGGCAAUGGUGGUAGCGAGAUUAUACGAAGCCGAUAACCCAUUGCCCACUAGUUUGAGGAAGUUGUUGAUGGAUGAAAUAUUAGGAGGUGAAACAGAAGACGGCGAACUAGACCUAGAACGAGCUCACCCAGACCCCUUCGUCCGUUCCAUGGCGCUAUGGGAACUCAAGCGCUACGGCGCCGCUCUCGACACACUGCUGAGCAAUGCCGGCCGUUUGCAUGCGGCGAGGGAUAAUGAGCCCAUGCCUAGCGUGUUUAACUUCUACGUGUAUCUGCGAACGCAUCCCAGGUUGAAGAGGCAUAAUUUGCCUAGUCAGGGUGGCACUCUAGCCCUUCUCCAACAAGAAGCAGACGAAGGCAUCACCCGGUUAGAACGUCGCCUAUACUUCCAAACGGCUCACGGUCACUUCAAGGCCGGCUGUCCCGCCCUAGCUCUGGAAGUGCUCUCGAAGCUCCCCGCCCGGGUGCGAGACGAGAGGACCCGACCACCCGUCACCGCACCUUCGAUAGACGAUGCGGUCAUACAUACAGGACAACUCGUCGUGGAUCUCCCAGUCAAAAAGGAAGAACCGGCGAACGUGGAUUGGGGUGCACCAGCCGUAGAAGUGGACUGGGGAGCCCCUGUUUCUACCAAAAAGGAUGAUGAACUGGUUCUUAGCUGGGAUGAUGAAGACGAUAAGGGUUCGGAAGGUUCAGGAUCCUCAACGCCACCUCUAGAAAUGAAAAUGGGUAAAAAAGAAGAGAAAGAAGAGCCCACAGUUAACGGCAACUCUGAGAAUGACAAGCCGUCGGACGAUACGCCCUCUGUCGACAUAAUGGCGCAACAACUGAAGUUUGUGGCUUGCUUGAAGAUAUUAAUGGAGGAACUUAGUACUCUUGCUACUGGGUAUGAGGUUGAUGGUGGUCACCUCCGCUAUCAGCUAUACAUCUGGUUAGAACGCGAAGUAGAAGCCCUACGUCGGUUAUGCGGCUACCUAUCGGCCGGCGCGGGUCAGGGGGGAGGAGCCCUAUUGUGUGCGGAGCCCGAACUGGCCCCGUUACCCGAGAGGCCUACGUUACACCAGCUAUUGGUUCGGGAAAAGGCAGAUUUCGAGGCUAAAGUGCAGCGCGCUUUGAACAGGAAGAAGUGGCUUAAAGCAAACGAAACCCUUCUUCGAACCCUACUAUCCUACUGCUCAUUACACGGCGCGGGGGGCGGUGGUCUAGCCUCCGUCCGUAUGGAACUGGUGCUGCUCCUCCAAGAGUUGGGCCAGGAUAAACAGCAUCAACAGCUGUUGUCGCCUCUACCGUUCCCGACCACGCUGCCGUUGUUGGCGGCCGCUGUGGCCACUAAUAAUACGGUUGUUGCUGAUCCUGUGAGACAUCUACAGUCGGUAGCACAUGACAUGCUGGGCACGAUCAGCGAGCUGGGCAUCCCGGGCGGGUCUGCCACGCGCAUACUGCACACGCUCAGGGACUUAGCCGUAGCGCUGUCCGCCUGCAUCUACCAGAGUCUCUGCGACUCCGACACCUUCAGCCUCAAGCAUGCUCAUCAUCAUGACUAUAUCAUAGCUGACACUCCAGGAACUAGUCAAAUUCUGGCGCGUCAGAGGCGUCACUCUACAGAUGAGCUCACAGUCACAACACCACCUAACAAAUGGCCAGGAGUAUCAGCACUCCGCGGCCUCGCACUCCGCGCCGCCGAAGAAGAAGACGCACCUCGUCUCGCAGUUCUACUCGCAGAGGCAUUCUGCGCAGUAUACCUAGCUUUACUGGGCUGGGCGGCCGCCGCACGUGACGCACACCUGCUGUACCGGCUGUGUGCGCAUGCGCCCGUCGCACCCGACCAUGCCAGGUUGUUCGGAGGAGGAGUCAGGAGGCUGCUGACCACAGCACCGGCACCUUCCCUGCAGCCGAAACUAGUAGAACGACCAGAAGGCACAUCAGUCUGGUCGUCACUACGAGAAAAGCGCGCGUUACUAAACAUGCGCCUACUGGGCCUAGGCCCGACCGCCCCGCACAAGAACAUACAGGAAGGCCGGCCUACCUACAGGGAACAAUUCGUGCCUCCACACUACAGCAUACUUACUUAUUUAUUAACUAAGCCCACGCCUGAACAAGAUCCUGAGAAUUACGAUUAUGAUUCAGCGGAGUCUGGUGCUGAGGAUGUCGAUGAUAGUGGCAGCGAAGCAGAUGACGACGAUAUAUUCGAUACUAGCAAUACCAAAAAUGAGAAACGUCGCAAGCUAACGAACUCGGAGCACUCGGACCCGGACUCGUACUCGUGGCUCGUGAUGCGCAUCGCGGUGUUGCGCCUCGCUCAGCAGAAGUUACAGAACUUCUUACAGCUGUGCGGCAUCGAGAUGUCAGAAUUAGCAACAACAAGUCCCAUGGUCCACGGCGCUCUCCGUCGCGUGGAUCAAUGGCAGCAACAGUUGACGGAAACCUUGGAGUCCCGGGCUCCUCCACCUGACUAUAUUCCGGGCUGCUUCCCCGAGCAACUGCCCACCGGACCACCUAUUAAUAAGUACAGAUGUUUAUUAGAAAAGCAUAAUACUCCGUUCAGCUCGGUGCUGUUCAGCGCCGCGCCCGCCCGGAGACUGUGGAGUUUCCUCGUACGACAAGAACCGGUCCAGGACCUGUUCAUCCGUGCGGUAUUCUCCCGUCGCCGCACUCAGUCCGUAACAGCGGAGACGAUAGCGGCCGAAGCUCGCGGAGGCUGCAUACCUCAGCAGCAACGUGACCGUGACCUUGAACUGCAUAACCCCGUGAGGAUCAUACAUAAGGAGCAGGACUCUAUUGCUGCCUUCUGUUUGAAUAAGGUCGGCGGCUGCCUGCUGGCAGUAGCCACAGCCCGCGAGGUACAAGAGAUGGACGUGUCGCUGCUACUCCGCGCGGGCGCGUGGUGGGCGGAGGACGAGUGCGAGCUGGACCUGCUGGCGCUGGCCGCCGACCCCGCCGCGCUGCCCGACACCGGCUUCCUGCUCAUACAGCACCACGACAAGCCCAACAGCGGUUCAGUACCAGGCACUGGGAACAGCUCUCCGCUGAAUCCAAACGCUCCUCAAGUGCCAGUGGGCAUGGCCAGUCAAACUGGACGAGGCGCCAGCGUUGUAAAAGGUCUACAGUUCCCGGGUUGCCACGACCCGAAAUACUGUCGACUGGUGCUGCAUCGUUCGAAGCUUCUCAUGAAACCGGUGCUGAAACACAAAAUCGACAACAUCAAAAGGAUGGCAGCGCAUCCCUCACAACCAUUGUACCUGACCGGUGGAGCGGACGGUUCAGUCCAACUCUGGGAAUGGGGCCACCCGUCCUGCGUAUGGUCACCGCGUCCUCCCGGCGCGUUCGCUAAAGUCACUCGAGUGAGGUUCUCGGACUACGGCAACAAGUUUGCCGCGUCUGACGCUGAUGGUAACCUGGCGAUGUGGCAGUUGCAUCCAGCGCCUCAUCAGGCUGGACAUCCGCAUGCCUCGCCUAGACCCUUCUUUAUGCAUCAAUGUCACAGUAAAGGAAUUAGCGAUUUUGUUUUCCUCGGUUCCUGCAGUUUAGUUGCUACAGCUGGACAUAGUUCUGAGAGUAAAAACGUUGCCAUAUGGGACACGUUGAUGCCCACGAAGAAAGCUUUAGUGGUUUCGUGGACGUGCCACGAGGGCGGCGCGGCGUGCGUGGCGUGGGCGGGCGCGCUGGGCGCGCUGGUGUCGUGCGGGCGGCGCGGCGACGUGCUGGUGUGGGACCUGCGCGCGCGCGCCGUGCGCCACCGCCUGCACGCGCACCACGCGCCCAUCAAGUGCGUCGCGCUGUCGCCCAGGGAGGACUACUACGCUAUCGGCGCCGCUGAUGGUGACAUCAAGGUGUUCUCGCUAACGACACAUCAGUUGCUGUACACGUUCGCAGGGGAACAUGCUAGAAGUUCCUUCUUCAAACACAUUGGCCAGGGCGUCACGCAAAUACAUAUCGACAACGCCGGGCGUCUGUUCUCGUGCGGCGCGGACGGCACGAUGAAAGUGCGGAAGUUGCCGGAGCGAGACUCGCCGCUGCCUCAUCAACCGCAGUAUUAGCUCGCGCCUGUCACUUCAAUACAUGUUGCAGGUGAGGAGACGCAGUAUAGAGCAUAAUGUGGUCCGGCGCCCCGCGUCUAGCCUUACGCCCCCUUGUGAUGUACCUAUUUAUCGUUGUUGCUAUUCAAAUGUUACGAGUAUGAUGAUCAUUAUACGCCGUUAGACUAGUCACUGAGUAGGCGAUGUUGUAUCUUAUAAUGUAUUUAAAAUGUUAAUGAAUCUUUAGUUAUUUCUAGUGUGAAAUAUUCGCUAUUUUUAACUUAAUAAAACAUGUCCUAGAUAAAUAUAUAAUUUAUUUAUUAGCACUGGCUGUCAGUCGACCGGCUGCAGCCGCGGCAGUGGCUGGCCUAAGUCGCGAGUCGCGCGGCAUAGCAUACGUUAGUGUAACCUUAUUGUAUGAUGUGGUGUAUUUUUAGAAUUUGUAAAGUGCAAUAACUAACUCGAUGCUAUUAACUUAUGAAACCGACUACUGACGACGUCGAAGCCUUUACUAGAUAACAGUUUAGCUCUUUUAAACGAUUUAGCUUAUUAUAUGAGCGCAUAUAACUUGUUGACGCAUAAUAAAUACUAUUUAUUAAAUACAUAGGUAUAUAUCAAUCUAUCCCUAUAUAAAUGGUCGUUGGCUUACUGUAACAUGUUUAUAACUAUUUAAUGACGUCGACGCGAUGCCAAUCGGUCGCCGUUGCGUUGCAUAUAACAUUAUUAAACUUAAUCCCCUUGUAUGGCACCUCUCAUGUUUCUAGUAGUAAGUAUUAUAUUGUUAUCUAUGUAUUCUAUAUGUGAUGUAUUCGAGAUUAUACGUUCAUGUUAUUUUUAAAGCAAUAUUUUGUUCCAAGAAAGCAUUUCUAAACGAAGCAAUAAAAUUAUAAAUAUCAAAUAUUUUAUGUACUUUCCUGUGCUUUAUUUUAACAGUAUUAUACGUUUGUGGUGAGAAAAAUAACGAAAUUAUUGUAGAAUCUGUAUAGCCUGCAAUGUGUUCUAUAUCUAAACUGCGCUUGUGAUACAUACAGUGAUAUAUUUCUAAUCAAAUUAUAACACUUUUCCAAUAUAUUAACAAAAAAAUAUCUUAAUCUUAAAUUUUAUUUUAUUUAUGUAUUUUAAAAUUUAUUUAUUGUUGAAUUAGUAAAAUCUAGCAACAUAAACUAACACAGUCCCUUGUAUCGUACUAACACGUUAGUAAUAAUCACUACCUAAUAGAAAAUAAUUCAUAAUAUUGAUGUUAGUCAUAUUAUUAAAUCCGUUGACUAAAUAUAACAAUUUCGUUUAAAUGAAACCCUAUUCUGAGUGAAAUAAAAGACAUUGGUUUCGUUGUUUCUCUUUGGUUAUCUAUUUAUAAUAUUUUUUAGGUUAAUGACUGAACACCAAAGUUUAUUCUAUCGAACAUAAUUUGUAUAGUUGCUACAUAAAAUAUGAAAUUCAAUAUCGUAAGUUACCAAAUUUACGCUUUAUGAAUGAAAUUCGCACAAGAUAUGGAUGCAAAGGAAUGUAUUGCAUAGUUCUAAUUUCAUCACCGGUUCAACACCUGUUCAAUAAGUCAAUUAUUGUCGAAUCCUAUAAACGUGUAAAGUAACUUCUUUAUUAGCUGGCAGAACUAUCGCUGUUUCUGCUAGGUAUCACCUUACGUGUCGUGUGUUUAUAGAUAGCUGUGAUGUGUACGUGUAAAUUGAAUCUAAUCGCAAUCAUGUUGGUCACAUAGUUUCAAACACAAGGUACUGUAACGCGCAAACCGACAACGGGAUUGCUUCAUGUAGCUUCGCUUCACAUACAUACGUACCUAUCGAAUGGACGCUAUUGUACGCAGGUACGCAACAUCCCUAUUAUCUUAGGGAAAACACGUUCUUUCAAAUAAGUUGUAAUUCACUGCACCUGUUACGAUAUAAUAGUUGAAUGAACAAUGUUCAAUGCUUAUUUUGUUUUAUUAUUUAUGAAGGAAACAUUUAAAAUAAAGUUUAACUCAUA